AUGUUCCAGAUCGACAUGCGCACAACAUCAGCCACGGCCAAAGCUCGUGGGGAGCAGGACCAAGCUUCAGUCUGCAGUCCCGGCGAUGAUGCAUCUCGAAUAACCUAUAUCUCGACCAAGCAGUUCCACCUGCAUGGGCGACGGAGAAAGCUGCCACGGGUGAUGCUGGCGGUUCUUUGCAUCCUCUUCUGCUCGUCUGCUGGAGGGAUUGCGCUCGCCGUUGUCCUCAUUCUGGACCCCGUUGAGGUUCGAGGCGCCUGUCUCUCACGCGACUUUAUAUUGUACGCCGCGCUGCUUUCCCUUCUUUAUAUUGCACUGCACAUUAGAGCAGCGCUGCGGGACCACGUCGGAACACAAAAAGGACCGCCGCAAUAUAUGUACGGGGAUUAUCUUCACGCAAGUGCACUCAUCGUUGCCCGGCUGUCCAUUGUCGCCUGGAUUUGUGCUCUGGUCGCGACAGCUGCCAUGAUCGCCAACGCAUCACCACUACCACUCGGCGGUCUGGCCAGCAAGUCACCGAUUCUGAAUCUGUUGAUUUGCAUUGGCGCACUGUAUGUAGAGUCAGCUCUGAACUUAACGUUGGAUGACGUGAACAUGAGGAACCACUGA